GACCACGACAAAUAUUACAAUAAAUAAUUAAUAUUUCAAAUUAACAAUAUUUAUUCUGAUAUUAGCAAAUCAAAUGAACCUUUUAGUUAUUCAAUUUUUUAUUAACACAGUGUUUUAAUAUUACCAUUCAAAGUUUCUGAUUGAAUUAAUCAAGAAUAAGAUUUAAUACGUUUUUGAAAUAGAUAUUUUAACGAAUAAAUAAGUUGAUAAACAAUGGCCAGUACUGAAGAAAACAUUGUGCAUUCAGCUCCAAUUCCUAAAUACUUGUUAGAUAGCAAAUCAAAUUUAAGUCAAUUCUUCAUUCGAUUGCUUGGCGAAAAGGGAAAUGUGACUGCAAUGAUUGAUUUUCACGAUGGAUCAUCAUUUACUUUUAAUAAUAUUUUAAAUGCGAGUUUCAAUAUUGCUGAAUGGUUAAAAUACGAAUGUGGUAUUAAGAAUGAUGAUAUUAUUGGAAUAUUCAGUGAAAAUUCAAUUUGGUACCCAUCUCUUGUAUUGGCUAUAUGGCAUAUAGGAAGUACUUGUGCAUUAUUCAAUCCUAUGUAUAAUGAAAAGGAACUGAUACAUGUGUUAAACAUAUGUAAACCUAAAAUGAUGAUAUCAUCCAAAAUGGGUUUAAACAUUGUAAGAGAUGCUGCCAAAAAGUGUGAUUUCAUUAAAUAUGUUUGUCCACUUGAUGUACUUUGUAAUCCUAGAACGUUGCAAGAAAAUAAUAAUUUUGUACCAACUAAAUAUGAUAAUAGUCAAACUUCUGUGAUACUAUUUUCUAGUGGUACAACGGGUUUGCCAAAAGGAGUAGAGUUAACACAUAAAUCUUUAUACCUCUGCAUAACUGUUUUGAAUUCUUGUUACUCUCAUUCAUUUGUGAAUUCUCAUGAUAUAUUAAUGGGCUUAGUACCCAUGUUUCACGGUUAUGGAUUACUGGUCAUUUGUAUGUGUAUGUCAUUUGGCAGUAAAGUUAUAGUAUUAAAAUAUUUUGAUCCAGAUUUAUUUUUGAAAUCUAUUGAAACUCAAAAAAUUACAGUUUUAUAUGCUGUUCCACCAUUGAUGGUUUUUCUUGCCAAACAUCCCUUAAUAGAUAAAUACAAUUUAUCUAGCCUGAACGCUAUAUAUUCUGGAGCAGCACCAUUGUCCCUUGACAUUCAACAUGAAAUUGCUAAAAGAAUAGGUAAAAAUAAAUCAUUAACAAUACUUCAAGGAUAUGGAAUGACUGAAUCAUGCGUCUUGGCAACAUUACACGAUGAAGAUAAAGAUCUACCCAUAAAUAAUUCUGUGGGUAAACUACUACGUGGCAUGUCAGCAAAAGUGAUUGAUUUAAAAAGUGGUAAGCCUUUAGGAGCAAAUCAAUGUGGUGAACUUUGUUUCAAAGGACCUAUGAUUAUGAAAGGUUAUUAUGAAAAUCCUAAAGAAACCUUAGCUACAAUUGAUGCUGAAGGAUGGCUUCAUACAGGAGAUGUAGGGUAUUAUGAUAAAGAUAAUUUGUUUUAUAUAGUUGAUAGACUUAAAGAACUUAUCAAGUAUAAAGGCUACCAGGUUGCACCAGCAGAAUUAGAAUCAAUACUGUUAACACAUCCCGAAAUAGACGACGCAGCUGUAAUCGGACUUCCUAACGUGGAAGCGGGAGAACUUCCUAUGGCAUUUGUUGUCAAAUCUUCCAAUUCAACUAUUACUGAAAAAGAUGUUUUAAAGUUUUUAAACAAUCAAGUAUCUUCACAGAAGCGUCUUAGAGGAGGUGUUCAAUUUUUGGAUAGCAUUCCUAAGAAUCCAAGCGGUAAAAUAUUACGAAGAGUACUUAAAACUUUAGUUAUUAAAUCAAAAAUUUAAAAAUUGAUACAGUCAUCUAAAUUCAGUUAUAAUAACCAUUAAUGUUGUUACAGUAGUUUUAUAUCUUUUUUCACAAUUUUGUCUAAAUAGAUAAGUAAUAUUGUGUAAAUGGUAGGUUAGGUAUUUAAUAAUAUUUCAUAACAAAUCUGUAACAUUUAGAAUUACAUAAUUUAAGUAUUAGAAAUAACACAAGCACAUUUAUUGUCCUAAUAUUUCAUUUUGUAAUGAUAAAUUUGAAACUUCAAUAAACUGUUCAAACCAGCUGACUCUUUACUAAAU